UUCAUCAUUUGUUCGUCCAGUCGCUUCAUUCAAUGAAAGCGAUGUCACGUGUAGAGCGGAUAAGAAUGGUUUUGAUAUUUGUAAAGUUUUGAAACUACUUACUGAUCCUCAUACAAGCGUAAAUUACAACCAACGACAAAAAAAUUCAAUCAGAAAGUUGUUUGUAACAGUGAUAUAAUUGAAUCUUUAUUAAAAGUAAGUCACAUUUACCAUUAUCAUCAGUGAGUUACUGUCUAACAACUGACCCGGUUGAACUCCACUGGUCACUGCUUCUUACUGGAACUCCAGGAAAUACCUUUUGAAGUCAGUCAAUAGUGAGCAUAUGUUGAUUAUUAUCAGAAGGGGGUUUUGUGGAGAUUUUAUUGAUUUCAAUUAUUGAGCUUAUGAGUCAAAUAAAACUAGACCACCAUGGAAAACCUGGAAGCACUGGAUGGCCGUUUCGUCCUAUUGUGGGACUCCUCAGCAGUGCAUAUCCACGAUUCGCCCCCUUUGCGAGAUUCGAAUCCAAGACCCAUCAGUCUCGCGCACAAGCGCUUAACCACUAGACCACUGAACUGUCUGGUAUCCAACGGUGUUAAUGUUUAACUUCAACUAAUCCACGAAAUCGAGCGACACAUCUACUAUUUUCAUCAUUGAGUUACUAUCUCACUACUGACCCGGUUGAACUUCACAAUAAUUGAAAUUAAUAAAAUCUCUACAAAACCCCCCUUCUGAUAAGUUACAUUCAUUACAUUUGUUUGUAUUUUCUACACAAUACUAUUUCUUCUCUUAUAACAUUAGUGUUACUGCGAAACAAAUCAAUGUGAAGAUCUUUGUUUAACUAUACUGAUAUUAAUGGAUAAGCUAACUAAACAUUCCGGAAUUUGUUCAAAUAAAAUUAUAUUAAAAUUAGGCGCUCAGUCUAUUUGUAAUCGAUUAGUAUUACCAAUUCUAUCAAAUGAAAUCCUAUCAAGAUCAAUAUCUAUUCUUUGGAAUUUAAUUGAUAAUACAACAAAUGAAACAAUGAAAAUAGAAUGGAUAAAGCAAAUCGGAAGUGAAGAAUGUCUAUUAAAACUUCGUGAUAUCUUUUUUACAUUAUUGGCUCAAAGUCAUUCAAAACUAUGCCGUCAUUUACGUAAUGAUAUAUUGACAAUAAUAUUGUUAAUUGUAAAACAUGCUAAUACUUAUGGUUUAUUAAAACAAAUACAUUUAAUAGAAUCUGGUUUAAUACGUAGAUUAGUACAAUUAUUAACAUUUGAUGAAUUUAAAUGUAUGAAUCCAUUGUAUAAAAAUUUGAAAUUAUUACCAAAUGAUGAGAAUUUCGAUAUGAAACGAUUAAUUAUUUCAAUACUGAUUGAAAUGUGUCAUGAUCCAGCAGCAAUUUAUACUAUGUCUACAUCGGGUCUAAUUAAAGGUUUAUUUCAAUGGAUAUGUCCAGUGAUACAAACCAACUCACAACAACAACAACAACAACAGCAACAACAAGAACAAAUCAAAUCUGACCUAAAUGUCAAUCAAACACAAUCAUCCAAUGUAAAUCAAUCAAAUAACUUAAAAUCUUCAUAUUUACCAUUGAAAAAUUGUAAUUCCUAUUCAUCAGAUCUAAAAGAUCACAUUGCUAAUGAUAACAACUACAAUAGUGUUAAUCAAACAUUAACAGUAGAGAAAAUAUCGGAAAAUUCAGAUCAAGAUAUUCAACGAUCAGAUCCAUACAAUUAUGAAGAGAAUAUAAAUAGAAAUGAUCAUUCACAAUGUAAACAAGAAAUUGAUUUAAUACGUAAAUGGCCACAAGCUUAUUUAGAAGAAUUACAUUUGUAUAUGCUUGAUUCAUUGGCUAUUUUAGCUCCAUAUUUAUUGGAUGAUUGUUUAAAUUAUGGAAUUCCAUCAAGAUUAUUAAUUUUAUUACAAUGGUGUAUAAGUCCAGAACCAUUUCUUGGACAAGGGAAUAGUUUCCAUGGUGUCGGUGGUCGUAAUAGUAAACGAGCACAAUUACGCUAUUCAUUACGUUUAAUAAGAAGUCUUGUUGAAACGAAUGAUGAACGGAUUAUUAUGGAUUUUGUCUGUCAAGGUUUAAUUCAAUUUCUUAUACCAUUAAUUUGUCCAAUAUCAUCGAGAGUGAAAUUAGAACGAUCACAUGAUGAAUUGUUUAAAUUUGGCAAUGUGUUGUUAACUGAUAAACAUUCUGUCAGAGAAAACAAUUCACAAACUAUCUAUUCAGAAUAUCAACAGUAUUUAAAACAAACAAAAGAGAUUAUGGAAGAAGAUAUUGUUGGAUUAGAAAUGCAAUGUGAUAUAUUACUUAUAUUGUCAAAACUAUGCAGUACAGCACCUGAAAGAAAACAAAUGAUUGGUAUAGAUGGUAUACAUUCAAUUAAUAAAUUAUUAAAACAAUUAAUAAAACGUUUUACAUUUAUUCAAUCUAAUCAAUAUCGUUUAUUAAUUCAAUUAAAUGAGAAACAAUUGAUGAAUCCAUUCAUUAUAUUACAUAAUAAACCAUUAAUUCAAUUAACUAAUGCAUUAAUUGAAUCCAUCUGGUGUUGUAUCAUUGGUUCAAAUAUAUGUGAAGAUUAUUUUCUAAUGAAUAAUGGUGCUAUAUAUUUACUUAAUUUAUUAGAGUGGUAUCCACUUGAAUCAGUCAAUUAUCUCUUAGGUUGUUUAGUAGAUUUAACAGAGAAUCCUAAAUGUUUACCAUAUCUAUCCUGUUGGUCUGGAAUUCGUCCAUUGAAUGAGAAUGAUGAUUAUGAUGAAGAUAAUAGUUUUAUAUUGAGUAAUAGAAAUCCAAUUAAACAACAAUUAAGUCAUUUAGAAUUAACAACUUCACUAUUGAUUAAAUCACCUGAUCCUGUUGUUUCAACUAGAUUGCAUAAAAUUAUUUCAAACACUAACAAACAUACUACUGAUCAUCAUCAUAAUAGCAAUGACAGUCAUAGUAAUCAGGUAGAUUUAAAUACGGCUAACGAAGAAGGAGUCGAUUCAAAAGAGAUUCCUAAUCAAGAUUCCAGAAAUCCUUGUGAAAAAGAAGUUAACGAUGAUGGUGAUGAUGAUGAUGAUGAUGGCAAAGAAGAAUCUAUCAAUAUUUGGUUAAAUGGACCUAGUUUAGCACAAUUACUCUGUUAUAUUUGGAGAUGGGAAGAGAAAAGGUUGAAAAAUGUUAAAAGUCAACAAAAGCAAUUUGGUAUAGACAAUGUAAAAGAUCUUUCUGAGACACCAGAGACUAAAGAAAACACAAGCCUUCAAAUGAAUAUAUACGCUUUGUUUUUACGACUUGGUUUUAAUAAUCAAGAGAAUCUCACAUUUAAAGAUCAGAUUACAUUGAAAAAAAUAGAAUCAUAUCUUGAUUUAAAGAUGGCUGAAACUUGGACAAAUAUACAAACUGAUUUAGAUCAUCAACAAAUUCGACCAAUUACACCAGAUAAUGAAUUAUUAUCAUGUAUAUCUGAAUGGUGUAAAAAACAAAUCAAUAAUGUACAAUGUAAAGAACAAGAAAUAUUAAAUUCUACACAAACUUAUGAAUUAACUGAAGAACAAAAAUACUAUUCAUCAAUAAGAAAAAUCAUACGUAAUCAAGAAUAUGCCAUGGAAAAUUAUAAUGACUACAUAGCAAGAACGUCGAAUCAUCAAUACCUUAAAGAAGCUCGUAUUAAACAAUUAUCUGCGAUUAAUGCAUCACGUAUUGGACGACUGAAUGAUAUCAAUAAAUCAUCAGAUAUCAAUGUGGAUAUUCAAAAAAACCAAUCGGAAUCAAAUCAGAUCAAAGGUCAAUUAAGUAAAGGUUCAAAUCAUGAUAAAGGAUCCAAUAUAUAUCAUAAGACAGAUAUUGAUAAGUUGAAUGUGACAGCUUUCUGCUCACAAACUAUUCAUAUUGAUUCAACACCUAAACAACUAUUUCAACAUCCAAGUAAAUUAGAAGAUGAAUUAAUUAAAUUAGUUGAAAGAAAAAAUGAACAAUUACCCUUGAAUGAUAGUGAUAUUAGUGAUCAUGAAAUGAAAGAUUAAAUUUUAUCUAUUAAACAAACAAUACCUUACAUAAUCUGUUUUUUUUCAUCUUAAGAAUGGUUUCAGUUUACAAAAACAUUAUUAUAGGCAAAGAUAGAUGAUGAUUAGCAGUAGGAUCUAGUAUAUCCAGUUGAUGAAUCCUAAAGAGGACGAAACGUGUGUCAUGGAUUCUAUUACUAGUCAUCACCUAUGUCUGGGUAUGAUUAUCAAAAAUGAUACCACGAUUAGAGGAACCACGACAAUCACAUAGAAAAACAGCAUAACCAAAAUGACAAAAUAAUUGAGCAUGAGCAAAUCUAUUUUUUUUAAUGAAUAUAAAGUAAACAAAUAUCAGUUACAAUCACUAAAUUAUCGAUCAUUAUGAAAUAUUUCAUUUCAACAACAAAAAACACAUAAAUCGAGAAAUAAGAUCAAUAAUAUGAACUACAACAGUAAAAAGGGUACUCUUCAAUUUGACAUAGAUUCGCUUAAAAGUACGAAUAUUCAAUAUCGGGUGCGUUUGUGAAAUGUUUACGACAUUUCGCUGUACAAGUUACAAAAGAGCUCAACCAGAGACAUUAUGGUUACUGGCAAUAUGCAUCGAAAAGGAUAUACAUUUAUCAGAUAUCGAUUCCUGAACCGCUAACAUCUAACUGGCGACCACUCAAUAUUUAUCGCAAGGAACUGAUCAAGAAAUAAGAAAGGGAAACUUGUUGAAAUACUUUGUGCUGAGAAUUCUAUAUUGUACCAAAAAUAGAAUAUUGAAUAAAGCCAUUAAUAAUAAUAAUAAUAAUAAUAAUAAUAAUAUAUGAAGAGAGUAAAUCAGAUGAUGUAAUAAUUGAAGCUAAAGUAUAUGUUGCAAUACACAACAUCCAUUUUCAGUUAACACAAAAAGGAACAACUGAAAACAAUACACAUAAACUUAAUUUAACAUUUAGAUUAUGGAGAAGUUCAAGAAUACACAUUAAAUAACUGAAAUCAAUGUUUCAAUGGGAUAAAUUAAUUUUAAACAUCUACUUAUUAUUUCCUAUUAUGUAUUUUCUGUAUUGUGUAAACUGUUUAGUUCAAAAUUUUAUACCAUGUCCACAAAAUGACUUAACGGAAAAUAAGAAUGUAAACUAUUGUAAAAUCAAUUCAGUCUACUAAAGAUUAAGCGUUUGUUGUGAGGAAUAAAGGUGCCAAGUUGUGAAUACACAUUAUUGAAGAGUUCCAUACUACAACAAAACAGCUAUC